GCUUCCGCUUCCACCUUCUCCCUCCUCUCGCUCGUCCUCCAGUAGCAGCCGCUAGCACAGUGUCCGCUGCGGGGCGCGGUGUCGGCGGGUCGGUCGGUUGGCGUCGGCUUCGGGGUCGCUGCGGUUGAGUUGGGCCGUCAUGGCUGAGCUGGAUCCAUUCGGCGCUCCCGCCGGUGCUCCCGGGGGCCCCGCGCUGGGGAACGGGGUGGCGGGCGCCGGCGAGGAAGACCCGGCCGCGGCCUUCUUGGCGCAGCAGGAGAGUGAGAUUGCGGGCAUCGAGAACGACGAGGCCUUCGCCAUCCUGGACGGCGGCGCCCCCGGGCCGCAGCCGCACGGCGAGCCGCCGGGGGGUCCGGAUGCUGUUGAUGGAGUGAUGAACGGUGAAUAUUACCAGGAGAGUAAUGGUCCAACAGACAGUUAUGCAGCUAUUUCAGAAGUGGAUCGAUUGCAAUCAGAGCCUGAAAGUAUCCGUAAGUGGAGAGAAGAGCAGACGGAGCGCUUGGAAGCCCUUGAUGCCAAUUCUCGAAAGCAAGAAGCAGAGUGGAAAGAGAAAGCAAUAAAGGAGCUGGAAGAAUGGUAUGCGAGACAGGAUGAGCAGCUACAGAAAACAAAAGCAAACAACAGGGUGGCAGAUGAAGCUUUCUACAAACAACCCUUCGCUGACGUGAUUGGUUAUGUCACAAACAUAAACCAUCCUUGCUACAGCCUAGAACAGGCAGCAGAAGAAGCCUUUGUAAACGACAUCGAUGAGUCAUCCCCAGGCACUGAAUGGGAGCGGGUGGCCCGCCUGUGUGACUUUAACCCCAAGUCCAGCAAACAGGCCAAAGAUGUCUCUCGCAUGCGCUCAGUCCUCAUCUCCCUGAAGCAGGCCCCCCUGGUGCAUUGAAGAGCUACCCUGUGGAAACACUACGUCUGCAAUAUCUUAAUCCUACUCAGUGAGGCUGUUCACGUAAUUGGAUUAAUUAUGUUGAGUUCUUUUGGACCAAACCUUUGUCUUUAGAGUUGAUCAUUGUUUGUGAUUGCAUGUUUCCUUCAACUGUGUUCUCCCUGGCAUUCAGAGAAGGGAGGGGAGGAGGAGGAGGAGGGGAGGCGGAGGAGGAGGGGAGGGAUGCUCCCGACAGUAGCCUCAACCCAUGCUUUUGUGCAUUAUUCUGAGAAUAAAUUUCUGUUUCAAACAUUA